CCAACUCAAAUCCAUCCAAGAGAAGAAAGAUUUUCUCUUGGAUCCAUCUUCCUCACAAUCAAUCAUCAAAUUCAUUGCAUCAACAUUGUUGCAUGCCAAAUUCAUCAAAUUUAAAUUUGAAGAAAUGGAGCAAUUCCGACAAAUAGGAGAGGUUGUGGGAAGCUUGAACGCAUUAAUGGUGUUCCAAAACAACCUCUGCAACCGCAAGCAAUGCUCUCUCCUGGUAGACAUGCUCUCCCACGGCUACGCCACGAUUGCAGAGAUGAUGAAAACCAACCUCAAAUACAAGGAGCGGAAUUCGAAAUGGAAGGCGAUGGAGCAGCCGUUGAAGGAGCUUCUCCGAGUGUACAAGGAAUGCGAAUCCUACGUCAAGACUUCCCUCGACACAAGGGAUUUCCUGGCCAAAUCCAUCACAUUGUAUCACAACUCCGACUGCGUCCAUCUCCACAUUCACAACCUCCUCUCCUGCCUCCCCGCCGCCCUCGAGUCCAUCGAAUUGGCCGGCCACGUCGCCGGCAACGACCAGGAAGAUAUGCAGCGGAAGAAAACUGUCUCCGCUUUCAAAUACAACCGAGGAUUGAACGAUCCGAGGCUCUUCCAGUUGAUGUUCGGACAUAGCUAUUUAGUGUCUCAUGAUUUCUGCGCCAGGAUGGAGUCUGUCUUCGCCGAGGACAGGCUGUUCAUUCUCAAGAAUGUUCGGGAUCGUGGCUCGGGGUUGAAGAUCUCCGAUGCCCUGCUUCCCAGCGCGAUCCUCCUGAACGCCAAGGACUACAGGGUUCGGAGGAGGCUCGGGGCCGGGAAGCAGUUCAAGGAGAUUCAGUGGCUUGGGGAGAGCUUCGCUCUUCGCCAUUUCCACGCGGAGGCCGGGGCUGUGGAGAAGGAGAUCGCGGCCGAUAUCGGCCUCUCCCAUCCCAACAUAAUGCACACUCUGUGUGGCUUCUUUGAUGAGGGCAAGAAGGAGUAUUAUUUGGUCAUGGAGUUGAUGCAUAAGGACCUCUCCACUUAUAUCAAGGAGCUUUGUGGGGCCAAGAAACGGGUCGUCCCGUUUUCCAUCCCUGCAGCCGCCGACCUGAUGCUGCAGGUGGCGAGAGGGAUGGAGUAUCUGCACUCGAGAAAAAUCCCACAUGGAGAGCUCAAUCCCUCCAACAUCCUGAUCAGGACGGAAGGGGUCAUCCAGGCCAAGAUUGCAGGUUUUGGCCUGGAUGCCUCUGUCCGCAGGCUCACUCAGAGUGGGCCUGCGGAUUCAGGGCAGCUGUCGUAUAUCUGGCAUGCGCCCGAGGUUUUAGGUCAGGAGGCAAUGACAGAGGGGAGUAGUGUUGAGAAAUGUGAUGUGUAUAGUUUCGGGAUGGUGUGUUUUGAGAUGUUGACGGGGAAGGUGCCGUUUGAGGAUGCUCAUCUGCAAGGGGAUAAGAUGAGCAGGAACAUUAGGGCAGGGGAGAGGCCGUUGUUCCCGUCUCAUACGCCAAAGUUCUUGACGAAUCUGAUCAAGAAAUGUUGGCAUACGGAGCCAGGACAGAGGCCUAGUUUCUCGUCGAUAUGUAGGAUGAUGCGCUACACGAAGCGUUUCUUGGCUAUGAAUCCCGAGUAUGAGCAGCAGGAGGAAGCGGCGCCUCUGUCUCCAUUGGACUUCAGUGAGGUGGAGACGGCCUUCGUGGCAAGGUGUGUGGGUGGUGCGGAUAAGCAUCAAAUGGUGUGGCAGAUACCGUACGAGAUUUUUGGUUACAGGAUUGCUGAGAGGGAGAGUGAGACGGAGUCUGGUAGCGAUGGGGUCGAAGAGACGGCGGCUGCAUUGGUGGUGGAAGAGAAGAGAAUGAGGCCAGUGCCUUCCAUGGACAAUGUGGCUACCAAACUCUCAACAUUAAGCAAGUCUUUGGAUAUCAAGAAGAAGCUUGCAGGGACGGCGACGGCGAGGGCAAGAAUGGUGAGGCCGCCGCAGUCGCCGGUAGGGCGGCCGGUGAGGAUUAAUUCAGAUAGCAAACUUGUUACAAGAAAGAAAAGUCGGACGGAUCAAGAGAGCUAAUUUCAUCGCAAUGUGUAGCUAAUAAUCUAGCAAGAUAUACUAUGAUUUGUAUAAUUGUAUCGUAUAUUAAGUUUUGUGACAGUCUAAAUUUACCAACGAUCUGAGUCGAAG